AUGAUUGACCUCUCCCACUCAGAGGAACAAGCAGGAGGAGGAGAUGAGUCUAUGAUAGGAGACCCACAUACUCCUACUCCGGCUCCCCAACCAAGACGAUCAGUCUCAUUUGUCAACCUGGAUGAGCAGGAUGAUGCCAACUACGAGAAGUAUGCUUCGCCCACUGGGCCAAGAUAUGUCAAGUCCAGGGUGGAUCCAUACAACAAGAGCAGGACAGAACACUAUGCUCUUGAUCAGGAGGAGGACUCUAGCAUCAUGGCAGAGCUUAACUGGUCAAAGCCCAUUGCCACCCCCUUUCCAAAGUUCAAUCCCCGAGAUGUGGAGAUCUUCAUUCUAGAAGCUGAAGCAUGGUUUAAGUUCAACCAGGUGUAUGAGCAGUCUAGGAUGAUCAAUCACAUGGAGCAACUGUCAGAGCAGUUCAACCCACACAAUGCUAGGAUGGAGGCAUACAACAAGCUGUUGGCUCUCAGACUCACAAGUGAUGCUCCUGGUGCCACCACAUGUCAUGUAGAGUGGUUCAGAGACUUGGAGGGACAGGUCAACCUAGAUGACAAUGAGCUAGUGAUUGAUCUCUUCAGAGGAAGUCUCACUUGCAGCAUACAGGAGAAGUUCGAGAGGAACCCACCUGGGAAGAGAUGGGAGUGGUACCGAGAGGUUGAGGAGAUCGAUUGA